UCGUUAAAAGCAGGGGAGGGAGCUAAAUUUGCCCGCUCUAGUUUCUUCCCCAAAACCUCUCAAAUUUCGAAACCAGGGUUUUCAGUUUCCAAAGAAAAGAGAUGACGAUGGAGGAGGAGGAGGAGAAGCUUCUCUCCUCUAUAGCAGCUUCCGAGCCCCCCCAAAACGGCGAAGCAGCAGCCAGGACGACCGACUCCGACUCCGGUUCCGAUGACGACGCCGCCGCCGCAACUCAAGGAGCCUCCUCCGCCGGAGUCGAAUACCAUAUAUCCGAAGAGCAAAAAGCGGCGCGAGAGCGACAGGAGAGAGCAAUGCAGCAGCUCUUGAUGAAGCGCCGCGCUUCCGCCCUCGCCGUCCCCACCAACGACAACGCCGUCCGGACUCGUCUCCGGCGCCUCGGCGAGCCCAUGACUCUGUUCGGAGAGCGAGAGAUGGAAAGGCGGGACCGGCUCAGGUCGAUUCUGGCCAAGCUCGAUUCGGCGCAGCUGGAGACGCUGAUGAAAGCUCACGACGAGGACGAGGCUUCUGCUGCUGGUGCUCAAGGCCCCGACGAUUCUGACUUCGAUCAAGAAAUUCAGUACCCCUUCUUCACUGAAGCGACCAGGCCCAGGGCUUUGCGUGACGCUAGGGUUCAGAUUGCUCACUACUCGAUUCCCAGGGCGGCGUUGCGGCUUCAACGUGCGAGGAGGAAGGAGGAGGAUCCGGAUGAGGAUAUGGAUGCCGAGAUCAACUGGGCUUUAGAGCAGGCCUCCAAUUUGAAGCUUGAUUGCAGUGAGAUUGGGGAUGAUAGGCCACUUUCUGGUUGCUCAUUCUCACAAGAUGGCAAAUUGCUCGCCGCCUGCGCUCUAAGUCCAGUUGCCAAGCUGUGGAGCAUGCCUCAAGUAACAAAGGUUGCCACCUUGAAGGGACAUACAGAGCGCUUAACCGAUGUUGCAUUUUCUCCUGUGCAAAAUCAUCUCUUGGCAACUGCGUCUGCGGAUAGGACUGCGAGGUUGUGGAACAGCGAAGGAGCACACCUGAUGACAUUCGGGGGACAUUUGGACCGUCUUGCCCGCAUUGCCUUCCAUCCCUCAGGAAAGUACUUGGGUACAACUAGCUUUGACAAGACUUGGAGGCUGUGGGACGUAGAGACUGGUGAAGAGUUGCUUCUUCAAGAAGGUCACAGUAGGAGUGUCUAUGCAAUAGACUUCCACCUGGAUGGCUCAUUGGUUGCAACUGCUGGAUUGGAUGCGCUUGCUCGUGUUUGGGACCUCCGUAGUGGUAGAAGUAUUCUUACAUUGGAAGGCCAUGUCAAAAAAGUUCUUGCACUCAGUUUUUCACCAAAUGGUUAUUAUCUAGCCACUGGGGGUGAAGACAACACUUGUAGGAUAUGGGAUUUAAGGAAAAAGAAAUCCAUAUACAUUAUUCCAGCACACUCCAAUCUCAUAUCACAGGUCAAAUUUGAACCUCAAGAGGGAUAUUUCUUGGUAACUGGCUCCUAUGAUAUGACAGCAAAGAUAUGGUCAGCCCGAGAUUUUAAGCCUGUCAAGACGCUCUCUGGACACGAAUCAAAAGUUACUUCCUUGGAUGUUUCAGGAGAUGGACAUCACAUUGCUAGUGUAUCACAUGACCGAACUAUCAAACUAUGGUCGAGCGGUACCAAUGAGAAGGACCAGGAAAUGGAUGUUGAUUAGGACAAGCUGAAUUUGGAAAGGGGAAUCAAGUCUUGGCUGAUUUUGUUUGGCGAUAAGUGGAUUAUACAAAAAGUUUUUCCGAGACACGAAUGUUGGAGACUUACAAUUAGAUAAUGGCUGUAUUCAGAGGUAAUCCUUGCUGACUGACGUAUUUGUGUAGUUUGAAUAUAUUUUUAGUUGUGGAAGUGACCAGCUGUUUACUACCUGUGGAAGAGCUUUCUUAUGUAAUGCAAAAGGCUUUGAAUUCUUUUCAUGUUAGAUUACUGCUGAAUGGUUAACUAAUACUCAUCUGUUAUAGGCUCGUCGUUGUGAUUAA